GUAUAAAAAUAUUGUUUGUCUAUCACAUGGAUAUCUAACCUUAAAACCUAUCUUUAUGAAAUAUUUGCUUGUGCAUUGGCAGUUUUUAGAUAAUUGGUCCCCAUAACAUCCUAUAAGAUAUUUUUUGAUAAUCUUAAUCCUUAGAAUGUAAUGUUACAUGUUAUGAAGUUGUCUAAAUACAAAUUGACAAAAAGAGAAAACAUUGGUACGCUUAGACACUCUUAAAUCCGCCACUAUUAAAGAAUAUAAUGAAAAAGCGAUAAGAAAAAGUAAUCUUAAUUUCAUGGCUUUGGCCAGUUAACAAGACCUAUGGAAGACAAACUUUUGCAGACACCCAGAAAAAAUAGGCCUAUUAUUAUUACAGAGUAUAAUAAUGGAUGAUUUAUUUGAAAAUUUCCUAUAAUUGUUGGAGCAAAUGAGGAUGCAUUGCCCAUCUGUAGCUGACAAUUUAUCAGCAAAUCUUUCUAUACAGGAUACCUUGGCUACUGUUUUUCUGUGACUGGGUGCUUGGCUGCAAAGCUGAAGGCAGGGCUGUAAACCUAUCAUGUCGAUUAGAGAGUGUGCAGUGGUUCAUAAAAAUGCCAAGCAACUUAUGAUAUAUGUGUUUUGGACAAAGAGGGACAAACCUCUUAAAAGCAAUUUUACAAGAUUUUUGAACACAAGACUUAAUUUUUGAACACAGAUUCAAAUUAAGAGCAAAAAUUUUAAUCUACUUGGAAGUUUCCAUCAUGUUUUUGCUCACGAUAUUGAUUUUAUGACAGCAUAAAGAUAAAAAAAUAUUUAGGGAUUUGACCGUGACUGAAAACUAAGGGAGUAAAGUUUCACCUGGAACAAUUUUUGCAGUCAAAUUCCAUUACGUUUUUCUAAACUUUAUUUCUCUGUACAAUGUGAAAAAUUGCAUAUGGCAGAAAAGUAUGGUGAUAAAACCAAAUCUGAGCUCAAAAAGUUGUACAAUGAAGUUUUGAGUAAUUUCCAAAAUGAUUAAACUUUCAACCAGGUAACAAAAGAGUGGGUUGUGAAAGUGCAGCUGUCUCAAGUUUUACACAAUGUAACAGUUGCUUUGCAGUACACAAAAAAAACUUGAAGGUUGCAUUUUUGAAUGCCAAUUUAACCCGUGAGAUGGAAUCAUAAAAAGGGUAAAGGCAUCUGAUAGGAUCAUGUCGCCCUGAUUGAGUAUACCUGGAUACAAAUUAAAAUAUUUCUAUUUGGCAUAUAUUUGCAUUUAAAAUUUGCCCCUGAUAAAAUUGUUCAGGCCUCUUAGAUAUAUAUAUUUCCAAAGAUCAGGUAAUUUGUUUUACUAAAUCUUUUGAAAAAGCUAUGAUACUUCUUAGUUGUCUAAUCGGCAUAAAUUUCUGACAUUGCCACAAUUGGGUAUGUUUUGGUCGUGAAAUUAUUAGCAAGUAUCCAAUAAUUAGUUCAUCGAUUGAGAAAUUGAACGCAAAAUGUUUUGUUAACUUUGAAUAAUGGUUUUUACAUGUGAUUUCACGAUUUUGAUUAAUUUGUCUAAUCUUAGCCCCAAUAUCCUAAUUUUUUGCAAUAAUUAAAGCAAUGGAAAUGUUGCGUUUCCAGACCAGGUACUUAUUCAGGGCGACGUGACGUGACGUGACAAUUGAUUGACCACCCAGCCACAUCAUGUUGUUGAACCAAGACAAGUUUCCUCUCUAAAACUCACUCCCGUAAUUGCAGAUUGAGUAUGGGACUCAAAAUGUUUCACUGAAUAUUACCCGAUAUACUUUUUACCAAGGGGAGAGAGAGUACACUAGAAUAGGCAUUUCUCGUAAAUUUCAAAAAAGGAAAGGCAUCUUUCCUGGGGGGGAUACUUCCCAGGAAGUCCUAUGAAGGCACGACAGGGGGUACUCCUAUGAAGGCCCGACACGGGGGUCCAGUCGGUUUGAGAGUCUUACCAAAUGGCCCAUUUUUGAUAAUAAAUCAACUGUUCAGUUUAGCUUGCGAUUUAUUAUAGAUUAGGAACAAGAUUUUAUUUCCCCGGAAACAACAACAGUCAGUUGUGAAAAUAUUUGUCAAAAAAGGACAUAAUUUCGGUUUUUAUACUACCAUUUGAGGGUUACUGUCAAAAAAUACUACCAUUUGAGGGUAAUUUUUGAAACUUUUAACGUUGGCCCUCUUUGACCCUGACUGGACCACCUGUUAGGCCAUAAAAGGAGUAACCCCCGGGCAUCUUUCCAACGUACAGUUCCAGAUGUAAUGGAGAACGGACCAGAAAUUUUGGUAUUUGAACUCACCUAGAAUUGAAGUACUCUUGUUUCUUCAAUCACAUUAUUUACACCAUUUUAAACUUCCAAGUAUCAUUAAAUGGCAGUAGUUGUCCCCUAUAUUCUUGGUACGCCAUAAAAUAGUCUCCCGCCAAAACUGUCUCAGUUCGAGGCUAACAUUUCAUAAAUAUGUAUAAGCUUUUUGCCUGCAAAAGGUCCACAAAAAGAUCUUAGCGUCAAGCGUCAAUAACAUCUCAAGACUGUUAUGAAAUUCAGAUUUAGUCAAAAACAAAGGCGGAAGCCUGCAAAUAAAUGAAACUUCGCAAAAAUUAUGAUAGGGAAUGAUUUAUUCCAUUAAGCAAGGCUAUCAGUAUUACGUAACCAUAACACAACCUUUUAACUAAUAUGAAGUAUAAAUCAAUAUUAGAAUGCACAGCUUCUUUAACAUGACAUUACCAUGAUUGACCAAAUUAACUUUCAGUACCGAAAGAAAUGACACAAGAAGAUUACGCAGUUGGAAAUCUCCAUAUUUCUAUCGUCAGCCACAUUUUCUGAAAUAGAAAGGAAACCUGGAUCCGAAAAUUUAUUUUGUUAUACAACAUGAAUUCGCAGUUUUAUUACCUUUAUAAAUGCUUUAUAAUGGCAGCCACCUGCUAGCGGGCAUUUGACUACGUUUUGAAAAUCAUAAUUUAAAAUGUCCGGCUUAUAGUGUUGUAAUUAACGCGAGAAAACGAGAAUCUGGCCUAUAAUUAAGCUGUAGACGGAUUAAAUAUGUAAAUAAACGCAGCUAAACAACGCAAUACUGUCACUUAAAAUCAAUACGCGAUUUAGAAAAAAAUUAAAAAGAGGUUUAAUUGGCAAUGAAACAGAACAAGUAAUUCCUGGAAGAGGGAUUCGAGAGGGUGCUAUUCGGUUUCAUAUGCAUAGGAAGAAGUUAAUUUGUAGGAAAGUCUCUCUUAGAUAAGCAAAUAUUGGCUUAAACAAUAUUUAACAAAAAUUCAAUAAGUAUUCUUGCUCAUUUGAGCGUCGACCGCCCUUUUGCAAUGGUCUUAACAAAGAGCAGCUGCUUUUGGUAAGUUAUUGAAUAUUCAAGUUGUUUUUAGAGAUAACUUCUGACUUUUGAGAUAGCAAAUAACCUUCACUUGAUACCGAGAGGAGAAGAGACCAAGACAGGAAACUGAAAAAUAUUCAGGAGCGCUGAAAGAUAGCAGUGCUGUUUUGCAACUCUUUUGCAUUCUACAAUAGGCCAUUCUACAAAAGUGUUAGACAGUACAAUCACCCCGAAGAAAACUUUCAAGAAGGUGCCCCAGAGUGCAUUUCUUUCUUCCCGCAAUAUGCAUGUUAAGAGCAGCACCUUCUCUUUUAAAUCAAACUCUUUGUGUACUAUUUGAGGAAGUUAAAGCAGGUGAGAAAGUUAAAGCAAUAUGCCAUUUCCUGGGAAUGUAUGUGUAUCAAUCCGAUAUCAUAUUACAUCUCAAGCAAAGAGACAUACCUCAAGCUCAAGCUAGUUUCAAGUUAUCUGCAAUUGAACUGGUCCAAUUGUUUAAGCAAAAUGCCGUUUUCUUAUUUAAAUUGUCCUACGUCGGAUCAAGCAGUCGGGCAACAUCCUCAUGUUGUCAGUGCUUUAGACACAGGAACGAUGUUGGUGACAAUUUCCAUGAAUUCGUUCUUCAUAAUUGCACUCCUGAAGUUGCCCAUCCUACAAACGCAGACAAACAUGCUUCUUGGUGCUUUGUGUGUCUCAGAUCUCUUUGUUGGGCUUGUUUGCCAGCCAGUUUUUUUAACAUAUCUCUUCACUUUGGCAGCUGAGAAAAAUGUAUCCAAAACUUUGGAGUCUGCUUUAAGCUGUACAUUUUGGAUAUGCAUCGGUUCUUCAUGCGUUGCAAUAUCAUAUAUAACAUUAGAUCGCUAUACUGCCAUCUGCCACCCUUACCUCUACAGGAAAUAUGCAACAACCAAGAAUUACCUACUUUCGCUCUUUGCUGGUAUAGUAAUAGUGGCAGUGCUUCUCACACCAAGCUUAGUCACCCAAGACGAAACCAUAGCCGAUGGUGUGGAAUUCUUUUACACUACAAUAACUCUUUUAAUUGUAAUUCUCACUAACGUACGUGUAUACAAAGUCAUCAACAUGCACGCAAAUCGGGUAGUCAGAAUUGGGACGUUUGUCGGAGAAGGAAACGACUCAAUAAUCCAUGUUAGUAAAGAGCGAAAGAGAACCAAAUCAGUUGUGCUUCUGAUGGUCUUGUGGGUUGCAUGUAAAAUACCUUUUUAUGUCAAGGUGAUCUAUGGCUUACAAAGCAAAGAAUACAACUGUAACCGACAACAAAUAUUCUCAACCAUGGAUAUCUAUGCAAAAUUUUUCAAUUGCCUCUUAAGUUGUCUGGAUCCUUUUGCACUUAUCCUUUGUUGCAAGAAAAAGCGAAAAGUAUUCAAGCAACUUCUUUGCUUUGGAAAUCGAUGAUGGAAAAUUUGAACACCUUUGUCUUAAACAUACUGAAGGGCUUAGUCAGCAUUUCUACCGUUUAAAUUGCUUGUGACUUUGAAAAUAUUCGCUAAGAAAGACUUCUGUUUAUCAGGGACGGAUUUAGUGGGGAAUGUGUAGAGGGUGCGACACUCCCCAAUAUUUCUGUGUCUUUCAGUAAAUUUUGCUUCCAUUCGGUAAAAUCAUUUUUGGUAGUCAGUAGUAAUCAAAUAACGUCAAGGUUUUACCUUAUUUACGUUAUUUAUUUAACUUCCAUAUCCGAAAUUUGAAAAUGGGCGUUUCCAUCAUUUUCCAAUGAUCUGAAGAGUGUGGGACCAAAAUCCAAUUAUUAUCAAAAUCGAAAUCCACCCCCCCCCCAUUUUUGUCACUUAGAUCCGUCCCUGCUGUUUAUGAUCAACAGUUUGUCUACUAUCUAGCAUGCGUUAUCGAUUCUGGCAUAUGCCUCAUCCACAGAAGUAUAGAAAAAACAGUUGAUACAUAAGAAGUUUGAUUAAAAGCUCGGUUUGGUCUAGCUAAUUUUUAUAUUAAAUUCCACUGUAUAAUCCGAGUUCCAUGCUUGAACACUUAUCAAACAGACUUGAAAUAAUAUAUGAAUAAUGAGAUAUAAUGAAAUAUGCCAAUAGUACAUCUCUGUUUUAAUGACAUAUCAAUAUUCCAGAGAUGUCGUAACUUUUACCUAAUGGAUGAAAUUUUAACGAAUUCGUAGCACGUGAAGUAGGUUGCAAUAUAAAACGAGCUACACUGCGCCUUUGAUUGCACUUCAACCACUAGAAAAUUUACAAAAUAAACUUCACUUGUAAAAUUUCAGAUUGAAUUGGGAAUAUUGAGAUGUAGUGAUUUGCAAUGUUAAAAGCGUAGUGGUAAUGGCCCAGCCUAGGGUUUACAAGCCUUAAAAGCUCAGUUUAGUUCAGUUCAGUGUUAUAUUUAUUUCCAUUGUAUACAUACAAAUUGUCACAAAUGCACAUAUACACACUUACAAAUAAACUACAAAAGUAUGUGGAAGAGAAUGUGAAAGAACUUUUAUAACAUAAAUAUUACACGAAAUCAUAAACAAACAUAGAAUAGAGAAACAAGUUAGGAUUUUACACACGAAAUAACUCAAAAGAGGCAACACCCAGUAGUUAAAAACUAAUCGAGGAGAGAGCACCUCCUUAUAAAUGGAAAGCCUUUUGCUUAAUUUGUUAUGCCGAAAGUAUAACGAUUGCCUGCAAUCAACCAUAGAUACAAAGAAAUAAAAAUGUAGACUGUUUUAAAGAAAUCACCAUUGACUAUAUUCAAGCUGUAAAAGUGAGUAGUGUAAUUAUAGACAAAGAGAAAACUAAAGCUAGGAUUGCUCGUUGACUUUUUCUACAGUAAAAGGUUAAUAGGUUGUGCGAAUUGAAAUCGUGGACUGAAUGAAACCACAAAUUUGGAUAUUAGAUAAGAUAAGAUAGAUUUUGUAUUGUUGAACAAGAAAAGAGAUUGACACAUGACCAGGAAUAUCUUUCAAAGGUUUUUAAAAUUUCCAAGAGGUUAUGGAAAGAUUGGAACUUAUGCUUUGUUUAGAAGAACAUUGUUAAUUACUAUUUUUCUUUUUGUGUUCCACGUAAAAGGGUUUCGAAGACAUGUAAAUGCAAAUGUAUUUGAUACUGAAAAGUAGAUCAGGCCGUACUGAAUCACCAAUUAUAAUGGAUGAGGAAGAAAAGCCGAGUAAAUCAACACAUUAUUAAGUAGAUUCAUUUAUUAGUUGCAUGUUGCUAGGAAGCUAAGAAAGGGGUUCCACGGAUUACACGUUCUUUGUUAUUAGAUUUUAUUGAUUCAAUUAUCUUCUUGGUAUUAGUAUCGAUAAAUUCUGUAUUGCAGAUGCACUUACCUGAUAAAUGAAUCUCUUCAAUCAGGCCAAUAUUCUAUAAUGCUUGAGUAUGCUAAAGUCAUUGCUAUACACAAAGCAAAGUCAAAGAGUGAUGUUUCAAACUAUCGCCCAGUCUCACUUCUGCCUAUAUUCAGUAUAAUCUUUGAAAAACUUAUGCAUAAAAGACUGACAGGCUUUCUUGUUAAACAUGAUAUCAUCUUCGAACACCAAUUUGGUCUUCAAAAAUAUGCAUGCUGUACAUUUUUAUAUUUCGCAAAAACAUUUGAUACGGUAGACCAUAACAUCUUAUUGAAAAAGCUAGAUUAUUAUGGUAUAAGAGGUACCCCCCUUCUUUGGUUCAAUUCAUAUUUACCGGAGAGGACACAGAAAGUUUCCGUCAAUGGUGUAUUAUCCGAUUCUUGCUAUAUCAAAAGUGGAGUACCACAGGGUUGUGUUCUUGGACCGUUCCUGUUUCUGCUAUAUAUCAAUGAUAUGCCAUUUGCAUCUAGCCUUCUAAAAUUCCACUUAUUUGCAGAUGACACUAGUAUCGUUUACUAGCAUAAAAACUUGAAGCAUAGUAUCGUUUCCAUAUGGAAAACAUAAUUGAUAAUGAGUUAUAUAAAAUUUCUAAUUGGGUAACUGCUAAUAAAUUGACCUUGAAUACUGAUAAAUCAAAUUUUUAAAUUAUUUCCUCUCCUCAAAAAAAGCACUCUAAACAAGUUAAACAAUCAUUUAACAGUAAACUUAUUGUGCAAAAAGAUUUUAUCAAGUAUCUAGGAGAAAUCUUAGAUUUAAAUUUUAAUUGGAAAAAACAUAUCAAACAUACAUAUAUAACGAUAUCUAAAGGUAUUUGUAUUCUUUCAAAAAUGAGACAUUUUAUCCAAAUCCAAAUUUUGCGCAGCCUUUAGUUUGCUUUUGUUGCUCCUCAUGUCAAUUAUGCCCUGAUAAACUGGGGCUGCGCAGCUGCAACAGUUGCCAAAACGAUUCAGCGAAAUCUUAAUAAACUAUAAAAGAUAAUUAGCUUUGAGGACAACAAAACUAGCGCCAAACCAAUUUUCAAACAAUUAGAUAUUCUCAAUUUUGAAGACAGUUUCAAUCUUGAAUGUGCCAAACUUAUGUAUGAUGAUAAUAAUAAUAAUCACAACUCUAUAUUUAGUCAAUUUUUUUGAGCUAACAACAU